GACUAGUUUUGUGCAAACUACGAUGAGUGCCAGUGCGGAUUCGUUGACUGUGAUAUCACCAGCAGAUUGGCCAGAAUUGCGUGAUUUAUACCGUGACAAUUGGCCAUGCAAUCUAGUGGCGUACCACACUGUGGACAAUUUCAUUCGUUGGCAUCAGAAGGAUCCCCACAUCAAGAAUCUAACGUUUUACAGCCUGAAUAACAACUGGCGAACGGACGGUACUUACGUGAUAGUGGAUCGCUAUCAGCUGUUUUUGUAUACUCUCGCUCCCAGCAGCAGUGACGUAGUAGAGCGAGCAUUGCACUUGCUAGAUUGGAACCGAGGGUUCAAAGUAAGUUCAUUCCUUGCCAGACAUCGGAACGCAGUGAUUAAUGUGGUUGAGGCCAAAGGCCUCCGGAAGGAAUAUGAUAGCUGUACCUAUCUGUAUCAUAUGCCAAAGGAAGAGUCAGCCAAACUGAGCAGCGUGGUUCCCGACGGAUUUCGGUUAGGCACAUUAACAGAGGAAGAUGUCACCAAAGCGGAUGCAGUAUGGCCCAAUAAGCACGUUGGGUCCUUAUUUUUACUGAAACGGCUUGCUGCAUGGAAUCCCAAUGUGGCACUGUACAAUCCUAGUGGUGAUCUGGUAGCUUGGUGCUUUAGACUACAAGCAGGACCGCUUGGCGCCCUUCAGGUUGACGAGAGGCAUCUAAAGAAGGGCUACGGUACUAUAGUCACUAUCGAAAUGGCCAAAAAACUUGCCAGCAUGGACGAAGAUUGUUUUGCUUUAGUAAGCAGUGGCAAUGUUCCUUCCAAACGAAUGUUCGAGAAGCUUGGCUUUCGCCAUUCCGAUUAUGCCUACUGGUUGAGAACAUACCCCACUGAGCCUUCUCAAUGGACUGAUGAAUGAAUGAGAGUAUAUAAUUAUCGUUGAAAGCAAUAAAUUAGUCAAAA